AUAGGCAAACAUUACAUAUUUAAGGCGUGUUUGUUUUAUUUGUUGGAUAAACCUUAAUUGCCUUAUUAAACAUUAAACCUCUCAUGUGCCUCUUUAUCUAUUCUUCUAUUGUUUGACAUGACUUUGGAAGAUCCAUUUUAUGUUGUGAAAGAUGAGGUGUUCCGGGCAUUAAAUAAAACUCGUGGCUUGUACCUACGCUGGCAAGAGUUGUUAACAUCUCCAGUACUUCCAAAUUCUGCAGAAGUUGAAUGGACGUCAAUAGAACUUCGAAGUGCCCUGCGUAGUAUAGAAUGGGACUUAGAAGAUUUAGAAGAUACUAUCAGCAUUGCAGAGAAAAAUUCAUCCAAAUUUAAAAUUGAUCAUAAAGAGAUUUGUGACAGAAGAACUUUUAUAGAGGCUACUAAGCAGGAAGUCCAGGUCAUGAAGAACAAAACAAGUAUCAACAGAAAUAUUGAUAAUGAUGGAACAGCGCAAGAACCUCUUUUAGGUGAUGGCAGUCCCAGAAAAAGCAGAAACAUGUGGACUCCCACACCAAAAUGCUCUAAGAAAAAAUAUUUGAAGCUAAAUUCAGAGGCUGAUAGUCCUAACAGGUCUAAUGAAUUUGAAAAUGGAAUGGGUCUGCCAGACCAAGAAGAAAUGUUAGAAGCACAAGAUGAGCAAUUAUCUAUGAUAAACAACUCUGUGAACACACUAAAAUCUGUGUCUACUUACAUUGGACAUGAAUUGAAUGAUCAGACAAUAUUGAUAGAUGAUCUAAACUCUGAAAUGGAAUUGACUGAUUCGCAAUUACACAUUACGGUUAUGAGAGUCACCAAGGCGUUACAUUUAACUAAUGAUAAAUAUCAGUGUGCUGGCAUUGUGAUAUUAAUAGCAAUUUUGUUAUUAUUAUUAAUUUUAUUCGUUGUUUUAUAAAUAUAUAGUGAAACAAAUGCUAGUCAUAGUAUCAUUAUUAUUAGUGCAGUAAGUAUCUUGCAUGAUUUGCUCUAGCGUAAGAAUCAAAUGAUCUCUAUUUUCAUGUAAUUUAAUAAUUCGAAAUGUAAUUAAUUCAUAUUAUCCAAUCCUACCAGGAUCUCAUCGUAAGUAAACAUAUAAUCAAAAAGUCCUGUGAUCUAUACUCCAAAGUUUAAGAUUGUCGUGGAUUUUCUUAUUUAUUUAAUUAAAAGUGCUUAUAACAUUUGAACGCUUUGCACACUUGCCGUAUUGUGAUAUUUGUACACGAUAAGAUUUUCAUACUAAUUCAAUGGUUGUUAAACUUUGUGACAGCGUAAAAUAUACAGGAAGGCUUACUUUUGAUUACAAGGCACACGAAACCUGAUUAUGAUGGGGAUUUGUCCAUCAUUCAAAUGACCUAAACACAUUUCUGUUCGUUUAAAAAAACAAGAUUUUGAGGAAUUGAUAGAACUUCCUUUCGGAAUAUGUAUUUUAAUACAUGCUAUUAAAGCGAUUUAUAAUAGAUUAAGAAUUAGGUAUUUAAGUUUUUUUUGUUACUGAACAAGCAUCGAUGAAGAACAAGGUAAGUUUUUUAAUUAUUCCUUGACUGAGUUAUUGGAAUUUACUACUGUUUAACUGGCUGAUACUUAAACACACAAGUGCACAAGCUUACAAUACGACAAAUGUGCUAUUUACAAGUGAUAUUUUCCAACCAAAAUUUAAAGGAUAGACCAUCAAAUCGCCUUAAUAGAUAUAAAAUAUACAAUUUUGCAAUAAUUUGAAAUAUUGUUUUAAUAUUGUUAUCUAUUUUUUAUGUGUUUUUGUUUUGUAUAAUUUAACUGUUACUCAAGCAUUAGUAGAAUACAUAAUUUUAUUUUUAUACUAUAAUUAUUGUUAUAUUUUGGAUGGUAUUAUCGUGGGGGUAAGUUAGGGUCGUCGUCAUUCAUUAAACCAGGCUUGCGAUUGGCUAUGGUAGGCGAGUGUAGCAGUCCUAAAGAUCACCUUAAAAGCCUCAUUGGGUUUUUGAAUUAGAUUUCAAGAUUGAAAUCUGAAUACUUUACAAGGGAAUUUAAAUUCAGAAAACUAGUGUUGCCAACCUUCCAUUAGUGAGUUGGAGAAAUGUGUGUCAAAAUAUAUUAUACUGUAAACAUUCAAGUCAAAUUAUUUAUCAGGAGAAUGAGUUUUAAUUAACU